AUAUUUACAAAUGUUAAGUUGUAGUUGUAAAUCUUCAUCAGUAUAAUUAACAGAUGAAUAGAAAAAAGAAUUGAGGUGGAAGAAGGAAAUAAAUUUGCUUGAGUAUUAUAGUAUCAAUGUAUAAUUAUGAAAUUAGAUAUAAGAAUAGGAUUGAAUUGUUUUUUAUUUGAUUAUGAGGUAGAAUAUGAGGGAAAAUAGUAUUACAUACACACAUUUUGUGGUGGUGAAUCAGAUAAGGUUAAUUUAAAUUCUAAUUUUAAAGGAAGUAAUAUUAAUGCUUCAUGGUUAUGGUGGAUCGAAUGUUCAUUAUUGUAGGAUUUACGAACAAUUAAUUAGAAAAUUUCGAAUAUAUUCAAUUGACUUACCAGGGAUGGGAUAUUCAAGUAAAUCGGAUAUCUUGAUGGAAUCAUAUGAAGAUGCAAUAGAAUUCUUUAUGGGAACAAUAUCAAAGUUUAUUGAGAAUGUUAUAAGAGAUUAAAAGAUAAUUUUAGUUGGUCAUUCCUUUGGAGGAUUUUUAGCAGCUCAUUUAUUCACUAGAAUUCCACAUUUAUUUUCUAGACUCUUUUUAUUAAGUCCUGCAGGUGGUACAUAUUAUGAUGAUAGUGAAAUCAAGUAUAAAAUAAAUUAAUUUUAAGAAAGUUGUAAGACACUUCAUAAUAUCCAUUUUUAUAAAGAAUAUUUUUUAAUUAUGCUCAUAAAAAAUGGAGUGAAUAAAUUACACCCUAAUAAUUAAAAGAUAAAUGGUAUGGAAAUUAUUUUAUUAAAAAAUAUCUUAAAAAAAGAAUGUCUUUAUAAGGAAGAGAAUAUGAAGUAUGGCAAUCUUAUGUUGAUGAAAUGUUAGCAUUACCUGAUGGUUCAGAGAAAGCAUUAUUUUUAUUAUUAUAAUUUCCAAGAGUAAUUGCAAGAGGUUGGGAUUCAAUCGAAUAUAUUUUAACAAAACAUAAUAAAUAUAUUUCGGAUAUUCCAAUUUACUUUUAUUUUGGUAAUCAAGAUUGGAUGGACUAAAAAGGAGCAAAAAAUUUAGCAAAAAAUCAUAAUAAUGUUACCAUUAGAAUUAUUGAAAAUGCUGGUCAUUAAUUAAAUUUUGAAAAUCCAAAAGGAGUUUAUGAAUAAUUAAUUAAUGAUAUAAGCAUUUCAGUUAAACAAUAUGAAUAAUAAAUAGUAAUGUAAUGA